AUGGAGGCAAAGGUCCGGGAAGCCACCAAUAACGAACCAUGGGGUGCACCAUCGACUCUAAUGGCCCAGAUCGCCAGCGGCACCUAUAACUAUCGUGAAAGAGAAGAAAUCAUCUCGUUCAUUUUUCGAAGAUUUACCGAAAAAGCCGCCAAUGAAUGGCGUCAAAUUUACAAGUCGCUCCAGUUGCUCGACUAUUUGAUCAAAAACGGGUCGGAGAGACUCAUUGACGAUGUGCGCUCGAACGUUUCGAUCAUACAAAUGCUCAAACUGUUCCAUUAUAUUGAUUCCAAGGGCCGCGAUCAAGGUAUCAACGUUCGCAACAGGGCCAAGAAUUUGGUGAACUUUAUCAAUGACGAUGCCCAAGUCCGUGCCGAGCGUAAGAAGGCUCGUGCUAACGCCAAGAAGUUCGGCGGUGUUUCAUCGGCGGCAUUUGGUGGAGCUUCGUCUAUUACCACCGGCCCCAGCUACGGUGCCGAUGAUGACUUUACCAACCGUGUGUACGGCGACGGUGGAGUGUACGGCGAACGGUACGAGGAUUCCGCCGCCGGAUUCACAAACGGAGAUAACGACAACUUUGAAGAAUACGAAGUUGGUACGUCGGCCGCUUCAAAUGCCGCUAGCAAGCCCACCACCAGUCCUUCAAAGGUCAACGCUACGGCAAAACACCAACCCAAGGAGCCAUCUCCCGACUUGUUGGGAGACCUUUUGGGCGGAUCUACAUCUACAUCAGCAAAUGCUGCACCCUCUGGUACGGCUGGAGGUAACGAUGAUGAUGACGAUGAGUUUGAUGAUUUCCAAGCUGCACCUUCGCAGCCAAAACUGAACAUUUCAAACUUGGCCGAUCUUUACAAUACACACCCCCAACAGCCCAUGGGUUUUGGAGGGUCACAAGCCAAUUUCAACAUGGGUGGUUCUGCAGCACAGCAACAGCCAAAUUACAACGGCACGUCGUCGUCGUCGUCUGCGGCGCCCAUUUCCGUCCCUAAAACGAACAAUGAUGCAUUUUCCUCGUUGUUUUCCACUGCAAAAUCUGCAAAGCCAAAGACAUCGACAAACUCCGCCAAACCCACCCCACCUCCAAAACCAUCGCAAGAAGAUAGUUUUGGAGAUUUUUCAUCGAGCACCAGCAAGCCAAAUCCAAACCAGACACUGUCCAACAAUGGCGAGAUAGACUUACUUAGCUUUUAA